AUGGCGGAGCAGAAGAACAGAUGGAACUGGGAGGUGAGUGGAUUCGAGCCUAGAAGGUCAUUGGCAACGGCCGACGGCGAUGAACAGCAGCAGCGGAGGGUCAUUUCUCCCCACGUUCGCCGAUUCUCGAUCUCCUCCUCCGUGGCCUCGGUUUUGCCGCCAAGAGACGCCAAUUCGGACUUGUCCAAGCCUGGGCUUGUCUCCAAGCUCCACAGACUGAAGGAUAAAGUUAAGCUGGUAAAAGAAGAUUACUUGGAGUUGAGACAAGAAGCAAGUGAUCUUCAGGAAUAUUCUAAUGCAAAACUUGAUCGAGUUACACGUUACCUAGGAGUUCUUGCUGAGAAGAGUCGCAAGUUAGAUCAAGUCACACUUGAAAGUGAGGCUAGGAUAUCUCCUUUGAUUGGUGAGAAAAGAAGGUUAUUUAAUGAAUUGGUGACAGCCAGAGGAAACGUUAAAGUAUUUUGUCGUGCAAGACCAUUAUUUGAAGAUGAAGGUCAUUCUGUCGUUGAAUUUCCUGAUGAAUCCUCCAUCCGUAUUAAUACUGGUGAUGAUGCCUUCUCAAAUCCGAGGAAGGAUUUUGAAUUUGACAGAGUCUAUGGUCCUCAUGUUGGACAAGCUGAACUGUUCACGGAUGUGCAGCCAUUUGUACAAUCAGCUCUAGAUGGUUACAAUGUCGCCAUGUUUGCUUAUGGACAAACUCGAUCUGGGAAGACAUACACCAUGGAAGGAUCUAGCCAUGAACGUGGUCUAUAUGCUCGGUGUUUUGAGGAGUUGUUUGAUCUGGCUAACUCUGAUUCCACUUCCGCUUCGCGCUUCAACUUUUAUGUCACAGUUUUUGAGCUCUACAAUGAAAAGGUGAGAGAUCUUCUUGCGGAAUCAGAGAUCAGCUCACAAAAGAUUCAGAUGGGGCCAGCGGAGUUUUCUAUUGAGCUUGAAGGACUAAAGGUUGAUAAUCCAUUGGACUUUUCUAGAGUCUUGAAGGCUGCAAUCCAGUGCCGGGGAAAUGAUGCAUCCAAGUUUAAUGUUUCUCACUUAAUUGUCACGAUACAUGUACAUUAUAACAACAUGAUUACUGGAGAAAACUUGCAUAGUAAGCUCUCACUUGUGGACCUGGCUGGAACUGAAGGUUUGAUUACUGAAGAGGAGAGUGGGGAGCGUGUUACAGAUUUGCUGCAUGUUAUGAAAUCACUCUCUGCGUUGGGAGAUGUCUUGUCUGCUUUGACCACAAAGAAAGAAGAUAUUCCCUAUGGAAAUUCAGUGCUUACGAGGAUUCUUGCAGACUCUCUAGGGGGUAGCUCAAAAACUUUGAUGAUACUCAAUAUAUGUCCAAACGCUGCAAAUUUGUCAGAGACAAUGGCCUCACUUAAUUUCUGUGCUAGAGCGCGGAAUUCUGUACUAAGCCUUGGAAACCGAGAUACUAUCAAGAAGUGGAAAGAUACUGCAAAUGAUGCAAGGAAAGAGGUAUAUGAGAAAGAAAGAGAAAUUCAUGAUUUGAAGCAAGAGUUAUUGGGACUGAAGCAGGCUCUUAAAGAUGCCAAUGAUCAGUGUGUCCUGCUGUUCAAUGAAGUUCAAAAGGCUUGGAAAGUUUCUGUUACCUUGCAGUCAGAUCUAAAGUCUGAGAAUAUUAUGCUAUCUGACAAGCAUAAGAUAGAAAAAGAACAAAAUGCUCAGCUUAGGAAUCAAGUUGCUCAGCUGUUACAUCUGGAGCAAGAACAAAAAAUCGAGAUCCAACAAAGAGAUUCUACCAUUCAAGGAUUGCAGGCUAAAAUUCAAAGCUUAGAAUCACAACUCAAUGAAUCCAAUCGUUCAAGUGAGGCUAGGUCUUUGAUUGGCACAGAACAGCCGGGGGUAUCACCAAAUUCCAAGGCAACUAGUGAUGAUUUGGAUUCUUCUUCUGUUACCAAGAAACUUGAGGAAGAACUCAGAAAGCGUGAUGCACUUAUAGAGAGGUUGCAUGAAGAGAAUGAGAAGCUAUUUGAUAGAUUAACUGAGAAAGCCUCACUAAGUGCAUCUCCACAGGUGUCAAGUCCAGUACCAAAAGGCACUGUCAGUACUCAACCACGGGACCUUGGAAGGAAUGAUGCGAACACAGGACAGUCCACAAAUAUUGUUCCUUCACCAUUAGCUGCGGCCAAACCUGACGGAACUGUUGCCUUGGUUAAAUCUAGCUCAGAGAUGGUCAAGACGACCCCAGCAGGAGAAUAUCUUACAGCUGCUCUAAAUGACUUUGAUCCUGAACAACAAGACAGCCUUGCUGCAAUUUCAGAUGGAGCUAACAAGCUUUUGAUGUUGGUUCUGGCUGCUGUUAUUAAAGCUGGUGCUUCAAGGGAGCAUGAAAUACUGGCUGAAAUCCGAGAUGCUGUUUUCUCCUUCAUCCGUAAAAUGGAGCCAAAAAGAGUGAUGGACACCAUGCUUGUUUCUCGUGUUCGCAUUUUGUACAUAAGAUCUUUACUUGCAAGAUCACCAGAACUGCAAUCAAUAAAGGUAUCUCCUGUCGAGCGCUUUCUGGAAAGGGCAAAUACUGGAAGAAGCAGAAGUUCAAGCCGUGGCAGUAGUCCUGGAAGAUCUCCUGUACGUUAUGCUGAGGAGCAGAUCCAGGGAUUUAAAGUGAAUAUAAAGCCAGAAAAGAAGUCCAAGUUGUCAUCUGUUGUGUUGAGGAUGCGAGGAAUUGAUCAGGACGUGUGGAGGCAGCAAGUUACAGGUGGGAAGCUGAGAGAAAUCCAGGAGGAAGCAAAAAGCUUUGCCAUAGGGAAUAAGGGUCUUGCUGCUCUCUUUGUGCAUACUCCAGCUGGUGAGCUGCAGCGUCAGAUCAGAUCAUGGCUGGCAGAAAAUUUUGAUUUUCUUUCUGUCACCGGCGAUGAUGCUUCUGGAGGGACGACUGGUCAAUUGGAGCUCCUUUCUACUGCAAUUAUGGAUGGUUGGAUGGCGGGACUUGGAGCCGCAAUGCCUCCUAGCACAGACGCACUUGGGCAGCUUCUAUCAGAGUAUGCUAAGCGGGUCUAUACUUCCCAAAUGCAGCAUUUAAAGGAUAUUGCGGGAACCUUGGCAACAGAAGAAGCAGAAGAUGGAAUUCAAGUAGCUAAAUUACGAUCAGCAUUGGAGUCUGUUGAUCAUAAAAGAAGAAAGAUUUUGCAGCAAAUGAAAAGUGAUGCCGCGCUUCUAGCACUGGCAAGCAGUGCACCUAUUCACAAUCCUUCUACUGCCGCUGAGGAUGCUCGAUUAGCUUCUCUAAUCUCACUUGAUGGCAUAUUGAAGCAAGUCAAGGACAUAUUGCGACAAUCAUCUGUUAACACCUUGAGUAAAAGUAAGAAGAAAGCAUUGCUAUCUUCUCUCGACGAACUUGGGGAACGCAUGCCAUCUCUUCUCGAGAUCGAUCAUCCUUGUGCACAAAGGCAGAUUGCAGAUGCUCGCAGCUCAGUUGAGUCAAUCCCUGAGCAAGACGAUGCUAUUUUCGAGCAAGGUCGGAAACCAUCAGCGGAUGCUGUGGGGUCCGGCACCGAAAUUGACGUGGCACAAUGGAAUGUCCUGCAGUUCAAUACGGGGUCCACAACUCCCUUCAUCAUCAAAUGUGGAGCGAACUCGAGAUCGGAACUGGUAAUCAAGGCCGAUGCACGGGUCCAAGAACCCAAAGGCGGCGAGAUAGUGAGAGUGGUUCCAAAACCAUCUGUUCUCGAAAACCUGGACCUGGAGGAAAUGAAACAAGCAUUCUCUCAGCUUCCCGAGGCCCUGAGCUUGCUAGCGUUGGCGAGGACUGCAGAUGGGACGAGGGCACGGUACUCGAGACUGUAUAGGACUUUAGCCAUGAAGGUCCCAUCACUUAGGGACCUGGUUAGUGAACUUGAGAAAGGGGGUGUUUUGAGAGAUGUGAAGUCGUGA